GGGGGCCGGGCCGCCAGCGGGGAGCGGCGGAGGAGCAGGCGCGCUGCGGACCCGAGGGAGGGCACAGUUAAAGCUUUGCCAUUAAUUGUGAGCCCAGAGAGUCUGUCCUAAGCUAACACACUAACUCUGCAUCCUCCCUCACGCCCCCAAACCACCGGAGGCGGCGACACCUGAUCCAGCGCACGAACACGGGUCCCUUCUGUCCCCGGAUACAAUUACGCGGCGGAGACACACUCAAACUCACGCGCAGCAGCCAAGAGCCGAGGUAAGCGGAGGGACCACGCCGUUCCACCGCACGGUAGGGAGGCGGGCUGACAGGAGAGGGGCGUUGUUUGCUCCUGGAGGUUGCUUGCAGUGUUUGAAUGUUGAGAAGCUAUGAAGUCUUACACUCCAUAUUUCAUGCUCCUGUGGAGUGCUGUUGGGAUAGCAAAAGCUGCCAAAAUCAUCAUCGUGCCGCCAAUUAUGUUUGAAAGCCAUAUGUACAUUUUUAAGACGCUCGCCUCGGCGUUGCACGAGAGAGGCCACCGCACAGUGUUCCUCCUCUCUGAAGGCAGAGACAUCGCGCCAUCUAAUCAUUACAGCCUCCAGCGCUACCCAGGGAUCUUUAACAGCACCACCUCGGAUGCGUUCCUGCAGUCCAAAAUGCGGAAUAUUUUCUCUGGGAGACUGACAGCAAUCGAACUGUUUGACAUACUGGAUCGCUAUACUAAGAACUGUGACAUGAUGGUUGGCAACCGUGCCCUGAUCCAGGGUCUGAAAAAGGAAAAGUUUGACCUGCUGCUGGUGGACCCUAAUGACAUGUGUGGAUUUGUGAUAGCUCAUCUUUUGGGGGUUAAAUAUGCUGUAUUCUCAACUGGCCUUUGGUAUCCUGCUGAAGUGGGUGCUCCUGCCCCAUUAGCUUACGUCCCAGAGUUUAACUCACUCCUCACGGACCACAUGAACCUGCUGCAAAGGAUGAAAAAUACCGGCGUUUACCUCAUUUCCAGAUUAGGGAUCAGUUUUCUGGUUCUCCCCAAAUAUGAAAGGAUAAUGCAGAAGUACAACCUGCUGCCGGAGAAGUCCAUGUAUGACUUGGUCCAUGGGUCCAGCCUGUGGAUGCUGUGUACAGAUGUAGCACUGGAGUUUCCGAGACCCACUCUGCCUAAUGUGGUUUAUGUAGGAGGAAUCCUAACCAAACCGGCCAGCCCACUACCAGAAGAUCUCCAAAGGUGGGUAAAUGGUGCUAAUGAACAUGGCUUUGUCCUGGUAUCUUUCGGAGCUGGUGUCAAGUAUCUGUCAGACGAUAUCGCUAACAAACUGGCCGGAGCUCUGGGAAGAUUGCCCCAAAAAGUGAUUUGGAGGUUUUCUGGAACGAAGCCCAAGAAUCUAGGAAACAACACCAAGCUCAUAGAGUGGUUACCGCAAAAUGACCUACUUGGCCAUUCAAAUAUUAAAGCCUUCCUGAGCCAUGGUGGUUUGAAUAGUAUUUUUGAAACUAUGUAUCACGGUGUACCUGUAGUGGGAAUCCCACUCUUCGGAGACCAUUAUGAUACUAUGACCCGGGUACAGGCAAAGGGCAUGGGGAUACUGCUGGAGUGGAAGACGGUGACUGAAGGAGAGCUGUACGAAGCACUAGUGCAAGUUAUCAAUAACCCCAGCUACCGCCAGACGGCUCAGAAGCUUUCAGAAAUCCACAAGGAUCAACCUGGUCACCCCGUCAAUCGGACUGUCUAUUGGAUCGAUUACAUCCUCCGUCACAACGGAGCCCAUCACCUACGGGCCGCCGUCCAUAAAAUCUCUUUCUGUCAGUAUUUUUUACUGGAUGUUGCCUUUGUGCUUCUGCUUGGUGCUGCCUUGUUUUACUUCCUCUUGUCCUGGGUGACAAAAUUUAUCUACAGAAAAAUCAAAAGUUUGUGGUCGAGAAAUAAGCAUAGCACGGUUAAUGGACAUUACCAUAAUGGCAUUCUCAAUGGCAAGUACAAAAGAAAUGGCCAUAUUAAACACGAAAAGAAGGUGAAAUGAGCCAACAGCCCACCCGAUAGUAACAAAUCUGUUCAGGCAUUGAAUUUUUAUGGCUAUAAUUUAGUCUAACCACCACUAAAAGUAAAACAUCAGUAAACAAUUCUAACACCCCCUUAUCUGAUCUUACUAAUGAAAUUCUGUGGAAUUAAGAUGGCUGUAAAAAAGCACAAACCUAAAAUGCAAAAAAAUGUAUUUUAUUUGAAUACUGAUGCAGAGAGUGUUGGCACUGAACCUUGUAGAAGCCUUAAUUAUUUAAAUCAAUUAAGUGACUGUGUCAGACCUUAGUUUUAAAUCUUGAUAUAUGUAUAUCCCAGUAAGGAAGGGUUUCUUUUCUCUUAAAAAGACUCGUUUGUGUGUGUAUGUGUGUGUGUGUGUGUGUGUGUGUGUUUCCUAAUUCAGAGGAUUUUAGCUGGCUGCUCGUUAUAUUUGUUGUAGGUACAACAUGUUCACAAAUGAAAUAGUAAGUUAGGAUCCAAAUGUUUCUUUUCUAGAUUUAAAUAUAUAUGGGAACUCAGAACACUACCGUGAAAGAACACUUUUCCCUCAAAAGUGAAUGCAGAGGAAGAAAAUGGAAAGAUAAAUGGCACCAGUUUUUAUCCUUUUAGGGGGUUUUGUUUAUUUGUUUCAGUUUUUGUUUCGUUUUGUUUUGUUCUUUUGUUUUUGUUUUCCUCUUCUUACAGCCCUCGGGGAAAACCACGCACCUAAGUAAAUGUGUGAAUUGGUUGUCACAUUUUACUUCUGUUUCCCCCUCCUGCCAAUAAUUUGCCUCUGGGAGAAUUUUUAUAGUUUUUUUCUACUUCGUUUUAAUGAAUAGCAUUAUGUUAAGUGUAUAAUUAAGACAAAGCAACAAAGCUCUGACUUUUGUUCAAAAUCCUGAAGAUUACUGCUUAUGUGGCAUUUUUAAACAGGGCCAUUAUUUGAAUGUUUUUGUAACGGUUUGAUGGCUUUUCUAUAACAUAAUUUUUGAAUGUUCAGGUGUGAUAUUCCCAAAGUUUUAAGUUUAAAACCGCCUUCUUCAUCCCAUUUUGUUGUCUGGGCCAUGCAGUCUCUCUGACAUAGGUGCCAACGUUAGAUUCUUUUCACUGGACCACUCGCAGUUGCCAUAUGGGCACCUGCCUUGUCUGAGAGGUUUGGGGUCUGGUUAGCAGGUCAAGCUCAACCCAAUAGAAAGAAGUGACAGAAGACUUGUACCACUUGUUUGGCAAAUGCCUUCUUCCUUCCCUCCUCACUCCCUCCACUCCCACCUCGGCAGGCUCUUCGAUCCAUUCUGGUGACAGGGGACAGUGACAGUAUUUGUGUGAGAAUAGGGGUUAAGUUACAGACAUCAUAGUAUCAGGACCACCCGACCAAACCAUUCCCUCGUUGGCAACUAUGAGUUUAUCCCGUGUCAUCCUGUUUACUUAGCAUUUGCACUGCGCGUGUUGAGUGUAUGCUUUAUUUAUUUGUAGUUUGAAAUCUUAUGUCUGACCAGAGUAGAAGAAUAGAACAUUUACCUAAUGACAUUCACUAACAUGGGAAGAGUUGUGAAAAUUCUAGAAUGCUGUAAAUCCUUGUCAUACACUAUGACAUACAACUUCAUCACACGCCCACCAGGAGCCGCUCUCCUGUACUUAGAAAUAAUGUCACAAGUAGUUUUCUAAUGUACAAUGCAGGCAAAUAUAUUGCUCCCUGAAUACUUGAAGAAAUGGUAUUACACAUAUAAGCCUAUUAGUUAUACCUUUUCACAAUCUUAUAAUAUUGCCGUUAAAGGGGAAAAAAGACACAGGCAAUGAAUGGUGGGAUGGUAACAGGACUUAGAGUGUAUGAAUGAGUUGAUUUUGCUUUUUUGGAAUUGGAUGAAGUGGACAGUAGGCACUUAAUUGGAUGAUUAAGCAUAAGUUAAUCUCCACUGUGAUAAAAACUUAAACAAUAAACAUGAUUUAAAAAUAGAGAAAUGUUGUUGGAAUAAAAUUUUUAUUCAGAUUUUAUUUCACGAUAAUAUGUAUAUUCAUUAUAAACGUGUUUCUGAGACAGGUCUCCCAACUUUUAUAUGUGUAUAUGAGUGUGAAAACAGUGUGUUACAUGUGAGAAUUUUUUUUUUAUUAUUUUUAAACAGAAGGAUUUACCUUACAAGUACAUCAGCAUGAAUCAUAAAAUUGUCCCAGAAUUAAGAAUGUUAAGUGUAGGUAUUUACUGCUUAUUGUUGUUUUUUUCUAGUAAGCUUACUGUUAGCCAGUUUUGGUAAAGAGUGAUUUUAAAUUUUCCACACUUGGGCUAGAUUCUCUAAUAAAAGUAAAGUUUUCA